CAACUACAUAGUACUUGUUCUGCCAUCUGACUUGCAAUGUCCCAGCCAAUUGGUAUGUAUCAGAUGCCCAGCCAUGCCUUGGUUGACGAUAGUUGCGAUCAUCAAAAGCACUACUUGUCGGUGUACGACAAAAAUGGUCUACUCGAGCUUGCUCGAGGCUUAAAUGCCAGCGGCGUGCGCCUUCUCGGUUCAGGAGGGACUGCAAAAAAGAUCAGGGAAGCUGGGAUACCUAUUCAAGAUGUGUCUGACAUCACAAAGGCUCCUGAAAUGCUGGGUGGGAGGGUUAAGACGCUUCAUCCUGCCGUACACGGAGGUAUACUCGCAAGAUCUAUUCCCUCAGAUGAACAGGAUUUAGAAAAACAAGGAAUAGAUAAGAUAUCCAUUGUAGUGUGCAACCUCUACCCAUUCACCUCCACGAUCUCAAAACCAGGUUGCACGCUAGCGGACGCAGUAGAAGAGAUUGAUAUUGGAGGUGUUACUUUACUUCGUGCGGCUGCCAAGAACCACGAACGAGUCUCCGUCCUCUCUGAUCCGAAAGAUUACGACGAGUUCUUAGCAGCCUACAAAAGCGGCCAGGGCGAUGUCGGUGAAUCCCUUCGUAGCCGCCUGGCGUUGAAAGCUUUUGAAAUGACAGCGAAAUAUGACGACGCGAUCAGCGGCUAUUUCAGAGAACAAUAUGCGUCUUCGGGCAAAAGCGGACCAGUCCAAAGAAUGCUCCUGCGAUAUGGCGCAAAUCCCCACCAAAAGCCUGCCCAGGCCUUCGUUACUGAAGGGGAGCUUCCCUUCAAGGUGCUCUGCGGCUCCCCUGGAUAUAUUAACCUUUUGGAUGCCCUCAACUCAUAUGCUCUCGUCAAGGAACUUCAAGAGGCACUUAAGCUCCCCGCCGCCGCUUCCUUUAAGCACGUCUCUCCUGCAGGUGCAGCCGUCGGUGUUGCGCUCGAUGAGAUAGAGAAGCAGGUGUAUGGUGUCGAUGACCUGAAGGAAACGCUCACGCCGCUAGCUUGUGCCUACGCUCGUGCCAGAGGUGCCGAUCGCAUGUCAUCAUUCGGAGACUUCAUAGCGCUUUCUGCAACAUGCGACCUCGCAACUGCUCGUAUCAUCUCAAGGGAGGUUUCGGAUGGUGUGAUAGCCCCAGGCUACGCACCCGAUGCCCUCGACGUGUUGAGAAAGAAGAAAACCGGGAAGUACUGCGUACUAGAGAUGGACCCGAAUUAUGCGCCACCUGAAUUAGAGACGCGUCAGGUGUAUGGCGUGAGUCUCCAGCAGCGCAGAAACGAUAUUAAGAUCGACGCCGAGUUGUUCAAGAACAUCGUGACCCAAAAUAAGGAUCUUCCCCAACAAGCCUUGACUGACCUUCUUGUUGCCACCCUUGCCAUCAAAUACACCCAAUCCAACAGUGUUGGGUAUGCUAAAAACGGCGCGAUCAUUGGUCUGGGCGCUGGUCAACAGUCUCGAAUUCACUGCACCCGGCUUGCAGGUUCCAAAGCCGACCUCUGGUGGCUCCGGCAUCACCCUCGCGUACUUGCACUUCCAUUUAAAAAAGGAGUGAAGCGUGCUGAGAAAGCAAACGCAAUCGACUUGUUCGUGAGCGGUGAAGUCCUUGAUGGAGGUGAGAAGUUGCAAUGGGAAAGUCAAUUCGAGACCAUACCAGCCCCGCUCACAGACGAGGAGAGGAAGGAAUGGGCAGCAAAGCUCGACGGAGUGGCAUGCUCCAGCGACGCGUUCUUCCCCUUCCCUGACAACGUUCACCGUGCGCGCAAGAGUGGUGUGAGAUACCUUGCCGCCCCGAGUGGAAGUGUCAUGGACGAAGAAUGUGUCAAGGCAGCGGAUGAACAUAAUAUGAUGUUCAUGUCAUACUUCGUUGAGGCUCUUCCAUCACUGAGUUCGAAGCUAAAGAGUGAGGGGCGAGAGGUUAUUGUAUCUAUAUGCAUUCCGUGCUGCCUAUCCCUGUCAGAUAAAUCGCCUUACUUACCAAGUAUUGAGGUGCUCGCCCUUGACGUUAUUUCAUAUGCUUACAUAGAUCAAAGCAAUUUACGCCUCGUUCUACUCAAGUGAUACCAAUUUUGAGUUGGGCAGCACUGAUGGUUUUUCGUCAUGUAUCUCCAGAAAG